GUCAUCUGAAUCGGAGGUUUCGUUUUUGUGUGGGUUUAUAAUUUACCAUACUCUUACUAAAAGUGUGAUUAUGUAUAUAAUUCUAGCAUAACCGAAUUAUUAAAAAUAAUAUUAAGUCACAGUUUAUCAUUACUCCCACUCAAAACCGCUUCAUAUCUCUAACAUGUAGGUUCCUGUAGCUAAGAUAACUGAAACCGAGCAGUAUUUGGUUUUCAAAGUGUUACCCAGCAGGACAAAACUAAUUUUUGUUCAAAUAAUUAUAUCUCACAAUGAACCCGACGGCCACCAUAUGUUUUACUUUAUUUAUUUUAAUGUUUUCAAUCAACGUUAGAGUGUGCGUAUCGCAAUAUAAUAAACCAUGGACUGAUAAAUACGAAAAUAAUAAGUGCCCUAAGUUGUAUCCAAAGAAUUUUUUGAAUUACAUGCCAGUUGGUAAUCUGACAGCUGGGAACUAUACAGAAAAGCCUAAUUUGAAGGGCUUGAAGCAGUGUGUGAUGGAAUGCUGCCUGACAGAUACAUGCAACAUUGUGUUCAUCUAUGACCUGAGGUGUUUCCAUGUGGAAUGUGUGAGUGAUGAGCUGUGCCUGCCACUGCAGAGGACCGGGAGCCGCAAGUGGGAGGCCUCACAUGUGUCCAUGAUACUUGUCAAACCUGUAUUACCCAAUGAGAACUGGUCUGAUAUAUUGGAUCAAUCUAGUUACAGACAAGUAAACAACAACUUCUCACCUGAAGAAGAGUCUAUAUAUUCUCCAUACACAAGCAGCCAUAAUGAACUCCUUAAUGAUGAUGAGGAAUCAAACUUCUUAUCACAUUUCAUCAACAAUUUACCAACAAUGGAUGAUGAUGAGGCCAGAAACUUUGAGAAAUAUAGAGACAAUAAUGACAGUGAUAUGAUUAUGGAUACAACUAACUUCCUAGAGAAAAUACCCUGUGUGGUUGGAACUGGUGAUUGCCCCUUUAAUUCUGAGUGUAUCCCAUUGGGUUUGAAGCUGAGAAAUGGUAUUUGUAAGUGUGUUCCCGGUACAGAGGAGAAUGCUCAAGGGUCCUGUGUCCAAACAAUGAGACCAUUCUCAAAGGGUCCCACAAUACCUGUUGAUUCUAUUAAGAAAUCAGAUGAAACUGAACCUAAGAAUGAUGCCACAAAAACUGAAACCUCUUCACCUAAAUCUAUUCAAACCUUAACUGUGUCAAUACUGUCAAAACAGGUACAACUGCCAGAUAAUGAAGUUACUCUAGCAGCAUAUACUAUUCCUGAUGAGAAAGCAACAAUGAGCCAUUACAAUUAUGUUUGGACUCUUGUUGACCAGCCCAAAGGUGGAUUCACAGGCAACAUGAAUCAGAAUGGAGCAAAGGUGACCUUAACAGAUUUAACGGAAGGCCAGUACCGGUUUAAAGUGACAGUAAACGCAACAAACUUCUACGGCGAGGGUUUCGCUAACGUGACUGUAUUGCCGCCUCAUCGCGUCAACACGGCACCACUUGUUGUCAUCACACCACAAACGCAGACUGUGAAGCUGCCCAACACAGUCGCGGUUCUUGACGGGAGCGCUAGUAAGGAUGAUGACUUUAUUAUAUCUUGGCAUUGGGACCUAACGUCGGGCCCUAUUGGCUAUCAACCUCCUUUACAAGAUGGAGCUACCCUAGUUCUGAACGACUUGAAGCAGCCAGGCAACUAUACCUUCAAACUGACUGUGGAAGAUUCAGACCAUGUGAAAAACUCGACAACGGCUAACAUCACUGUGUUGAACCACACGGAUUAUCCACCUGAAGCUAAUGCAGGACAAGAUGUGAUCAUAUAUUUGCCUAACAAUAACCUCACAUUAAAUGGGAGCCUUUCAACUGAUGACCAUGAGAUCACUUCAUGGGAAUGGACGAAAUCCGCUGAAGAUGAAAAUAAGGCCGUGGACAUGCAAAAUACACAUUCUCCAUAUUUACAACUAUCGAAUCUAUCGGAGGGCGUUUAUACGUUCGUAUUGAAAGUGACGGACUCAUCGGGCCAGUCGUCCACAGCUGACGUGCACGUGUUCGUCAAGCCCCCUACCAACACGCCGCCCAUCGCCGACGCGGGAUCUGAUGUGUUCAUAUCACUGCCUCAAACGUGGAUCACACUGAACGGUUCCGCGUCGCACGAUGACCAUAGGAUAGUCGCGUACACAUGGCGUUGUCUCUCCGGCCCUACUAACUCUAACAUUAUAAACUUUAACGAGUCUGUCGCCAACGCUACGUCCCUCACAAAAGGACAAUACGUUUUCUCACUGACUGUACUCGACGAUAAUGGGAACUCGGCGUAUGAUAAUGUCACCGUUACAGUCACUCAAAACAAGAACAGUCCGCCUAAAGCUGACGCUGGGGGCGAUCAAGUACUAAACUUGCCGGUUGCUGUACUUAUACUGAAUGGAUCCAAGUCUUCGGAUGACUUCCGCAUCGUGUCUUGGAAGUGGGCACGGUCGCCGUCUGGCCUCGCCGCUGGGACUGUUAUACUAAACUCGGACACACAACCAGUACUCAUGCUUACGAACAUAGAGGCAGGAAGAUACGUUUUCGAGUUGACCGUAACAGACGACCAGGGCGAGUCAGACAAAGACACAGUGAGUGUGCAAGUCAAACCUGACCCCUUAGAGAUGAACCUCAUGGAACUGACGUUAAACAUCCCUAUAUCGACAUUCACUCAAGGACAACUCGACUCGCUCGUGCAAAAGUUGACGCUACUCCUCAAAGACGACAUCAGAGUCAACGUGACCCAGGUCCACGGGCAAAUUGAUUCGGGAAAUACGCAGCUGAUUUUCUUCUUGUCUGAACAGGGCGCGGCGGUGGCGGGCCCGCGCGCGCUGCAGGCGGUGCGCGAGGUGGGCGCGGGCGCGUGGCUGCCGUGGGGCGGCGCGCGCGUGCGCUCGCUGCGCUGCCUGAGCACGUGCUCGGGCCGCGGCGUGUGCGACCACGCCUCGCGCACAUGCCGCUGCGACGCCUUUUGGAUGCAGAGCCUGCUGGCGCAGCUCGACCCCGACGCCAUGCCCGACUGCGAGUGGUCGGUAGUGUACGCGAGCCUGGGCGGCGUGGCGGCGCUGUGCGCGGCGUGCGCGGGCGUGGCGGGCGCCGUGCGCGCCGCGCGCCGCGUGUGUGCGCCGCGCAAGCCCCGCCAGCGCCCCAAGUACCGCCUGCUGCCGCUCGCCGACACCGAGGACAAGCCGUUCACCAGCAAGGAUGUAUCAGAAUCGGAAACUGACUCGGACGUUCUAUUCGAGACGAAAAGCAAGACGACAACGUUCGCGACCCGAGCCAUGAACGGCGAGGCGUCGCAAGGCAACGGCUGGAAGAAGAACGGCCAUUACAAGACAUCGCGCAAAGUGAAGACGUAGCUCAUUGCCUUACGCCUGAGCUGUCUACGAAUCAGGACAGCUCUCGGUAAAUGUAAGUAGUAGAAACCAGUCCUGAAAAAAGACAUUUUACAGACACCAUAUUCCAGUUGAAACAAUGCAAAUUGUGACUUAGAUAGUAUAGAACAAAUGCUAGCGUAUUAUUGUAAUUGCCUAAAGUACACGGUGUUGCCACAAAACUAACAAAUUACUCACAAACGAUGCUUAGUGAUGUUCUUAAAUGUCUAUUCAUCUACAGCCAGAUACAACACAACCUAUAGUAAUUUCAAUUGAGUGACGUUUGCCAAUAUGAGUAUGUAACGUAAGUAUUGUUGCACUUACGCAAGCAGUUACGCCCAUUACUAGAAAUGUUCGAUGUAUAAUGAAUUAUUUUAAAGAAAUACUUGUUAGUUAAACAAUUACCGACAUUUCUGUCCCUUUAUUUGUCUCAUGGGAGAUGAUCAUGUAUAGUAUUAAUGAGUGUAAGUGUAUAAAUUAUAUGUUUUGUGGUGCCACCAUUUAUGCUUAGAGAAUAAGAUAGUAUACCAGUGCAUGUCUCGUACUAAAAUACUUAAUGUAUUUAGUUGUAAGUAGUGAAAUUUGUUUUUCUUACACAACUCUGAUGAAUAAGCAAAACCUUUUUAGUUGUUUUCUUAUUCAAUGAAAAUCACUUUCUGUCUAUGGUGCACUUACUAUGCUUUAUUUAUACUUAAGUAUAUUUAAAAAGAAAAUAAAGAUGAGCCCUUUUUAAUAUUCCGGUCAAGAUAACUAAAUAGAUAUCUUACAAAUAGAAUAUGAUAAACCGUCAGAAGCUAUUAUAAGAUACAUUAAAAAUAUUUUGCGUAGAUUUUUCUCAUUAUAAUGGCUAUGAAUACUAGUAUACUUAAAGGUAGAUCGUAGCAGCUAGAUUAGGAACGUUUUAUAUAAACUUAACAUGAGUGGGGUAACUAUACAGUUAGUUAUAAGAGUAGUAGUUAGUUAUGAGAGUCCCCCAUAAGUACUAAAAUAUUGUUAUCAUUGAAAUGACCAUCGAAAGCACAAAAUCAUUUAUCAAUAACAGUAGUAUCGUCUAGAAUGACAUUUGUCGAAAAUUAAUAAAUAGUUAUUCUAUUUAAAAUAUGUAUUGUCGUAAUUUAAUAUAUUUUUUGUAACUAAAUGUAGAUUGGAUUUAGAAUGUCCAAACCUGUUAUGGUUCGAAAUGUGUGUUCUGCAUAAGUGUUUAAAGGAAGGUAACCAAAAUCGUUUUAUAAAUCCACAAGGCAAAGAUGUAUUUAACAGAAUUCUCUACUAAAGUAGUAUAAGAAAUAGUUUUAUUUACAAUGCUGUAGCUCGUUGUGGAAGGUUAGUUAUGAUAAUAUUUUAUUUACUAACAUUGUAUAUUCAUACGUAUUUACUUAAUUAUUAUUAUUUAUUGAAGCUAUUUUAUUUUAUUGAGAUCUUUUAUGGUAAAUAUUUUAAUAUAAGACUAUGUUAUUGCAAUGCUGAAUAGAAGAGCGGCAUAAGGCAAACUCAAAAAAAUAUAUGCUUAAUCAUCUGUUAUAGAUGUUAGAUUCAACAGAUGAUUAUGAUGAUUAAUAAUAAGUUACAAAUGAAAGCUAUCAUAUAAGCUACAAUAUUUUUAUCUGUUUUAAGUAAUACAAAUAAGUAUAAAUAAAUUGCGCUAGUAAAUCAUGAAGAAAAUCAUUCCUUUUGAAAACAGCAAGCAAGUUGGAACGUAUCCGUAUUUAUACUUAAGGAUAGUAAAUCUUUUAAGUAUAAAUACAGAAAACUGUACAUUACUAUUAAGUACCUAUAAUUGUAACGUACUCAAGAUUUAAUUCAUACAUUGGACAUGGAUCUUGUUAUUGUAGUUACAAUAUCUUAUCUUAAAAGCACAGAUUGAUUUAAUUACUGAUCGAAUCAAAACGAUUUACCCUUUUUCCUGCAGCCACCUCCGUAAUCAGAGAUAAAGGUAAUCUUAAAUAUCGUUCAUAGUUCAUUGAAGAUACGAUACGAUUAUUUGUCUAAUAUUUACCGAAAACAACAAAAUAUUUGCCUUAUUUUAAGUUCUAAAUUAUAAUUAUAGUAUUAUUACAAAUUUGUAUUUGUUGUAUUGUAAAUAAUGUGAUUGCUAUUAUAGAGAGGUAGUAUCUACAGUAAGACGAUACGUGAGCAGUCUUUUUAAGUUAUAAACUUUUGCAUAAUUGUUUAAUCUAGUCGUAAUAAGUGAUAAUAUUAUUAUUGAUGGCACACUUACCUAAGUACGUUUUGUCUAUGUAAUUUGUUUACUGUGAUUUUGACAAGUAUUUUACAUACAAUAUGAGUGUACUUAAUUUGUUCGUAAAUAAAAUCGCAUUUAUGCUUUA